AGUCCCCUCAUUCGCAGGGAACACAAUUACCCACACGGCAGCAGCAGAUGAACGGACAGAGGAGAGGAGAUGGACCGGAAUUUAUGGCGUCAGAUCUGUUUUUGGAUUCCGAUGACUCAGUUUUCGGUGUGACCUGCUAACAGUGUGGAUAAUUUGCUGCGUUUUGGGUCGGCAUUGCUCCGAUGAGUUGGUUUGGAAUUCUGUGAGUUUUGUACCGUUUUUUGGCUUGGAGAUUUUGGUUUAGGGGGUGUUUGAGGGGAAAAGUUUGAUAUCGGAGCGAGCUUUGUCGGAGUGGAGCUCCGGUCGGUGUGGGGAUGAAAUUGCGGCUGAAGGUGGAGUGGUAAUUAUGUUCAACCGAGCGCGAUGGUGGAGCGAGAAGAACAGAAUCAAAGUUGUUUUCAAGUUGCAGUUUCAUGCGUCUCGGUUGGCUCAGAGUGGAGAGGAUGGAUUGAUCAUAUCAGUUGUUCCUGCUGAUGCUGGAAAGCCCAUUGUUAGAUCGGACAAGGCGUCAGUAAGAGAUGGAAGCUGUCUCUGGGAGAAUCCAGUUUUCGAGACCGUGAAAUUCAAUCAGGAUCCAAAAUCUAGGAAGAUUCACGGGAAGAUAUACUACUUUGUUGUAGGGACGGGCUCAUCCAAAGCUGGAAAUGUCGGGGAAGCUGCCAUUGAUUUUUCGUGCUAUGCCGAAGCGACGAAAGUUUCACUGGUGUCUCUUCCCCUCAAGAACUCCAAAUCAGAAGCUGUACUGAAUGUAUCGAUCCAGAGGAUAAAUGAUACUGCUACAGAAAACAGGGAGAUUAAAGAAAGUGAGAUCCACAGGUCACAUUUUGGCAUUGCUGAAAAAGCAAUCGGCAGAAGAAAUUCUGUAGAGCAGGUUACACCCAUUGACAAUACCAUUGUCGGCAUGUCUAAACAGAACGUGAAUCGUGUGGCAUCUUGUGGGUCUGACAUUACGACGUCAAGUUCAGAAAGCAGCUCUGGGAUUGGGGAGCCACAUAUGAAGAGUGACAACACCCAACGGGAGAUGAAAUGUGAUGCACCUACACCAGUAUCGGAACAGGACCAGACAUCUUGGGAGUGGGUUGGGAAUUCGACUGGUGAAGGCAGCACUGAUGACUCUUCGAGCACUCCAAGAGAAACCUUUCUGAAGCAUCCAUCUAAGGAGGAUCCCGGUUUUGUGUCCGAGAAGUUGAAAUCUGAUCUUGUUGCCUUAUCCCGGCAAGCAGAGAAAUCCGAAUUGGAAUUGCAGGCUCUCCGAAGGCAGAUUGUUAAAGAGAACAAAAGAGGGCAAGAACUUUGGAAAGAAAUUGUCUGUUUGAAAGAAGAGAGGGAUGGUUUGAAGAGAGAGUGUGAGCAAUUCAAAGUUUUCCAGAGAAAUACAGAUGAAUCGAAAACAAAGAACAAUCUGCUGUUCGAUGGACUGGAGUCUCAGUCAAUGGUUAGCGAGCUCAGGCAAGAACUAGAUCAUGCGAACGAACUGAACGCCAACCUUAGAAUUCAGCUUCAAAAGACACAAGAUUCGAAUUCUGAACUAAUCCUUGCCGUACGAGAUCUUGAAGAGAUGUUGCAGAAAAAAUGUGAAAUCCCGAACCAAUUGAGCUCAAACAAAGCAUUGGCGGAAGGAAGGGGCACCGUAUGUCGAUCAGACGACGAUGACGAUGAAGAACAAAAGGCGCUCGAAGAGCUAGUGAAGGACCAUAGUGAUGCCAAGGAAGCAAAUCUUUUCGAGCAGCAGAUUAUGGACAUGCACAGCGAAAUCGAAAUCUACAGAAGGGAUAAAGAUGAAAUACAGAUGCAAUUGGAGCAGCUAGCACUUGACUACGAAAUUGUGAGGCAGGAAAAUCACGACCUUUUACAUCGGCUGGAACAGUGCCAAAUUCAGGAAAAACUUGCUGUUGCACACGAGCUCGAAACUCAGAUAGAAAACCUUGAGAACGAGCUGGAAAGACGAUCAAAAGAAUAUGCGGAUUCGCUGCACACAAUAAAGGAACUCAAAGCACACGCCGUAAGCUUAGAGGAAGAACUUGACAAGCAGGCGCAAGGAUUCGAAGCCGACUUAGAAGUUCUUACUCGGGCUAAGGUCGAACAGGAGCAUCGAGCAAUAAUAGCUGAAGAAACUUUAAAAAAGUUGCAGGUGAAAAAUGCAGAAACAGCCGAUCGGCUUCAGGAGGAAUUGAGAAGGCUUUCGAGUCAGAUGACAUCGUCGUUUGAAGCCAACGAGAAACUGAAUUCAAAAAUUCUUGUUGAAGCAAAUAAGCUUCAAUCACAGAAAAGCCAUCUCGAGGAAAUGCUUCGAAGAACUUCUGGAGAACAUCAAUCAGUCAAGGCUGAAUACGAAGCUAGAAUCGAUCGACUUGCAAAUCAGGCGACUAUAAUGACGAAUAAAAUAGAAGAGAUGAAGUUAGAAAUUGUGGACAAGACAGUGCUGCUUGAUUAUCAUAAAAGACAUGCCGAAGAAACUCUGAGGGUCUUGUCGGAGAAGAAUUUAACGUUCAAAGAGGAGAUCGACGCGCACAAAGCUAAGAACAAAUUUCUCUUAGACGAGAGGGAGACUUUGGUGCAGGAGCUGGAGCAGAUGAGAAAGCUAAACAAAAGUAUUGAACUGAAAAAUCGGGCUGUCAUGAUUCGCGAUGAGGUUGAUGAGGCAAAUAAGGACUUGAAUAAAUUGAGAUUUCAGGUGAAAGAAAAAGAGUCGAUCAUCGCUGAUCUACAGUCAGAAAUAGAUUUUCUUCAAGCACAAAUUACAGAGCUGAAGCGAUCAUUAUUAAUGAGCGAACUUGACAAAGAAAAAUUAAGGAAGCAGUUCCCUCAAUCGGCAAGUGAUCCGAGUAAAAGAGGCGAUACAUACAAAAAUGCAGAUAAGAAAAUAGCGAAAGGAGCUUCGAGAAAUAGUAAGCCUCUUCCUCACGGACCCAAAGAGAUCGCAAAUCUGAAGGAACGGAUAAAAUGGCUAGAGGUUCAGAUAAGGUUGAAGGAGACUGCUCUUGAAAUGUCGGUGAACUCAUUUACGGAAAAGGAGAAUGAUCUUCGUCGUAAAAUUUUGGAGCUAGAGGCAAAACUUGAAACAAUUGAUCAAAGCAACGGACAUUUUUGUUCGAAUGAAGCCGGAGAAGAUAUACAUAACAAGAACGAAUUUGCUGCCUUAUUGCCGAGGAGCAACGAUGACAACAAACUCAUCGACAAAUUGAAAACCGAAAUUGCAAUAUUUAAGGAGAGGGAUGCAUUGAUGGUAGUCGAACUUAGGGACAUGCACGAAAGGUAUUCGGAGAUUAGCCUAAGGUUCGCCGAGGUGGAGGGCGAAAGACAACAACUUGUAAUAAAACUACGCAACCUUGCAAACUCGAACAAGAGCCUGUAACAUGGUACAUUACAACUAAGGUAAGCAUUAUAUAUAUAUAUUAUCGCACUUUGAUAGUUUAUUAUUAGUAUUGGUAAGGUUUGUGCAUUGUGGUAUUCGAUAUCAAUAAAUGGAUUGUACAUUUU